AUGAAUUAUGAUACAACGCCAACACCUACCUACAAACAAAUGGCCAACAAUCCAAAAGACAUGUACUAUAGCAACAACAAUAAUACAAACAACAGCACAGGGGCAGACGCUUUCAAUGCCAAUGCCAGGCCCAAUAUGACUUCUCCAUCCAUAGAGCACAUUGAUGAGGAAUUGCAACAGAGACAUAUGCAACAGCUGUUUGAUAAAAAGAGAAGAAGACGAGAAUCACAUAAUGCCGUCGAGCGUAGAAGAAGAGACAAUAUCAAUGAGCGUAUAUUUGAGUUAUCUACGCUGUUACCCGAGAGAGAUGCAAGCAAAAACAACAAGGGCACAAUACUACGCAAAUCAGUGGAUCACAUCAGACUGCUACAUGAUAAAGUCAAUCAGUAUCAGCAACGAGUGCAAGAGCUUGAAAGCAUGUUGGACAUGUAUAGAAUGCGAUGGGGGGAUUUGCCUAGCAAUAGUACCAACAACACAACCACCACCACCACCACCACCACCGCCAACAACAACAACAACAACUUGAAUCUGAGCAAUAUACCAUCCUCUUACUACCAACAACAACAACAGCAACAGCAACAGCACAGGGAUGCAUAA